AUGCUUUCAAGAAUCGGUCUUACAACCUCCAAUCGAGGAUUGCGUUUGUUUUCUUCACACUCAAAGACUUUGGCUUCUAUUCCAAAGACUUCAACCAAGAUACAAAAGAACCUCAACAGUAAUAGUGUCCAAGAAAGUGGCAUAAAUUGGGAUGAGUUCUUGACUUUGAGAAAACAACAAAGAGGUCUUAAUUUUACCUCUUCAAUUGCUACAGCCGUCUUAGGUUCUGCCUUAUCCUUUGCAUACAUUGCUCAAAUUGAAAUUGAUCCCACUCAAAUGAUCUUUGGUUUUGACCCUCUAGUUAUCUUUACAAUUGGUUUUUCAAGUUGCACAGGUUUAUGUUAUCUCCUCGGUCCAACUUUAGGCUCGAUUGUUUUUAAAAUGAAGAAUAAAAAAAUCUUGAAUGAGUUCAAUAAGAAAAAUAAAACUUUUUUAAAUCAUAUUAUUAAUAAUCGAGUCGAUGCUUCAAGACAAAGUUUUGCCAAUCCUGUUCCUGACUAUUAUGGAGAAAAGAUCUAUAGUUUAAAAGACUACCGUCAAUGGUUAAGAGAUUGCAAUACUUAUAAAAGAAAAGCUAAAGAGUUUGUUUAA